CUGGUUCGAACGAACGAGCAUAGGCGCUGUAUUCUGUGUCGCAAUGUCUUCAUGGACAGAAUUGCUUAAGGAAAUACGAAUCACAAAUGAAUGAACGGCGCCAACGUCUAAACUGCAACAAACGACACAGGCAGGUGUGGUAAAGCCAGUUGGAAAUAAACUUUCCAGGACGGUGGGUCCGCAGGAGCAGGGUUGAAGACCUCUGGUGUGGAGAAUUGAAGCUGCAACAACGAACUGAUGAAAUGCAAUGCAACAGCAAAAUCCAUCCAUUUAUCAGGAGAAGAAAUGAGAAGAAACGGGUGAGCAUAUGAUUUCAACAAGAAGCCACAGCCAUAGGCAGUUUCACUAUAGGGCAGACUAUCACUAUGGUGCCUCUACUCCAACUCUUUCUUCUAAUGCCUCUAAUUAAGCCAGUCACAAAUCACGUCCAUGGAAACUCUCGUUUUCCUCUGACCACUCACUCAAAUCAUAGCCUUUUUUCUCAGACUUACGUGCUUGUCAGAAAAACUGGCUAUAAAUUGGAAGCCAGUGCUACGUUAGAAACUGUGAGACCGUUUCUUCAUGGCUUCGAUCGGAAAAGUGUCAUUAAAAGUGGAAAUUCAAAUGAAUGGACUGAAGGCAGAAAUACCAAGGACACAUUGUCAGCAAAAAUGUUGCAUACUGACAUAACUGGGUCGAGAAGUACAUUUUUGUUGUCACCCAAAAACAGAGUCAAAAGAGGUCCUACCCAAAAUGUCAUACUAUCACAAAAUGCCGAUGGAAAGGAAAAUAAGACUGCUGAUGAGACACAGUCAGUGACAGAUGAACCACUCACUGAAUUUGAAGAGAAAGACUUGUCAACAGUUGGGUCAGGUGAUAUGUUAAUACCUGGAGAAACUGCCUUUGUUGGGUCAAUAACAAAGACUAUAAUAUCUCUGGAUAAAAAGCAUUCCCAAUACAGACCGCAUGUUCAGACUGCUCAUAGUGUGCUGGCUAGUUUGGGCACAGUACAAACAAAUCCAACAAUCAACUCUUCACUUCAGACCAGCCCUUCUACAACUUCACCACCUAAUGAAAAGCCUGUAUCCACUCCCAGUAGGAUGAGCCAAUUGGAUACCAACAGGACUCAACUGGAAAUAGGUAGGCUGGGGACAACCACUCCAGCUAAAAGUCAGCCAAAAAGACAGUUUACCACUUUACAAUCACAUAUUGAAGCCACCUCUGUUAGCACAAGAACAACGAAUCUACAACUAGAGGCACCAUUACCGGGAGUGGACGUCAUUAGUUCCAACUAUUCACAAUCAAAAAGCACUUCACAGUCAACAAAAUCAGCAAAAAUACCCAGCGAGCAGCCAAAGGAGCCAGGAACGAAAAGAACUGUGACUGAUAUAAAGAACACUAAAGGUAUACCCACUUUUCUAAGGACUGCCUCCCCUCACCCGACUGGACAUGGACGUUUUCUAUUCUCAGAAAAUGAUGGAAGAUCUACAGAGAAAGACCAGUCAGUCUCACACAGAAUAGUCCCAUCUUUGAAGUCAAACCCUGCCUCUCCAACCUAUGCCCUACCCAAGGACCCCUGUGCUUCUGGUGUGGGUCCCUGUGUUUUUUCCAAAGAUCAAAACGAUGAUGACUACGGCGCAACAAAUGGGAGCUUUUUAGUGUGGGCGGACUUAAAACGCACACUUUCAUUUGCAUGGGAGCUGCAUGUAUUUGGUUCUGCUGCCCUUUUCCUUCUAUUGACUGCUAGCUCAGCCCUUGGUUUAGCAUUAGCCCCCAGCUUGCACUGCCCUCACCGUGGUGAACUGAUACUUACCAAUAGCCUCUUGCUAGUUGUAGGUGCAGUUAGAGCAGGCCACUUCUUGCUGGACCCAUAUGGGACUCGGCUCCUCCUUCCACCUCCUGUCGUAAUAGCUUUAUACACCCUGCCGUUACCGCUGUUAAUUCUGGCACAGGCUGCGUUAGUGAUACUGGUAUUAAAAGAGACAGGGGUAACCUGGCUUCCACCAGCACUUCAGCGCCCCCCUCUGUUAGGAGUGUUAGCUGUUUUCCAAUGCACUCUCCUGCUUGCUGCAGACUUACUUUCCCCUGCACUUUCGCCUGCUGUUCCCAUUGUCCUACAGAGCCUCACGCUGACUGCAGGCCUGGUACUGUGUUUAGGCUAUCUUUUCUUGGCACUGCCACGCUUCUCUCACACACAUGCAGCUCGGGCAGGAAAUAAGGGGAUGGGUGAAGGAAAGGUGCGGGUUUUAGCACGGGUACUGGCCGUGUGCGCUGUUCUUGGGGCACUGUGUUGUCUGUUGCACAUUUACACCAGCCUGUGGCUGUAUGGACUACUUGGAGACUGGAGGCGCUUUCGUUGGGCAUGGUGGCUCUGCCAGUUCUGGGGACGACUGUUGGAGCUUGCCUGGGCUUUCUGCCUGCUUCUCAUGUCCUCCUGGGUCUUCUGGAGACCCAGUGGAGGAGCACCGAGACAGGAAGGAGCUGCCACAGAAAGCUUGCCCUCACCCUCUCAAUCAUCGAACUCUACCGGCAGACAUACAUGCUGGGCGAAGAUUGUGCAGAGCCUCAAGGUAAGGCAACAAAGGAAAUCUGAAAGCAAUGGGAUUGGAGGGUCGACUAGUGGCGCAGUGGCUGGAGAGUUGCCCAAUAACUGGACAGGACAGGAGCGAUCAGGAGCAGACAUUAGCAAGAGCCUCAUACGAAAUCGCGAUCCACUCAAAGACAGCAAUCAUUUACGCAAUCUGAAAAGCUACGCAGGGGGUUCUGCGGGUUCAUUGCUGAGGCUGCAAGCUCUUUCUCAGCCGCCUCGGCGCUCUUUAAGCAGCAGUUUGGACAUGGACAAGGAGUCAGCCAUCUCACUCUGCGAUUUUGACCUGCGCCCUCCAACUCCAAUUGACCUCAGCCGCAGUAUUGACGAGGCACUUCAUCGUGAGCAUCUGUUAAGGGGGGAAAGUUUGUUCAAGCCACUGCGACCGCCAUCACCUCCUCCAUCUCCGAACCUGUGGAUGCGACGGAAUAGUGACCCCCAGAUCACACUGUCAUUGAGCAGUGAUGAACACACAUUGCUCACAGAGUCCUCCGCAGGUCUGGAUCGCUCCAUUCCUAGUGCUGUGCCCAGCAGACAAGUCACGGCCCCCCCUACACCCACUCAUCAGGGCUUCCGUUGGGUCUCUGAGGCACAAGUGCCUUCCUCUUUGUCCUGCCCGGUCUCACUGCACCCUUCCCCAAGCACAAGCUGUGCCCUCAUGCCCAGCGCAGAAACCACAAGGCCCUUUCUAACCCCUGACCUCGACAGUUCGCAAUCAAAUUCCAGAGGGGGGCAAAGUUACUUGAAAGUUGCUCGAAAUGAUGACUCAGCCAGUGUCAGCAGUGACAUUAUUGACCUUUGAAUAUGUUAUGACAGACAGCAACUCCAGAUUACAGCGCAAUCACAUUCUAGAGAUCCUACAUUUAAUCAUGACUUGCGAUUUAAUUGUUGCAUUUAAAAGGCAAGAGGAACAGAUUAAGCGGCUUCAUCAGAUUUUAUUAAAUGGACUGAAAUGUUAAGUGGAAUAAGCACUGAAAAUAUUUACAUCUCAUUUUUCCUUCAAAAGUCUUGUUUACAGUAAUGCACACACUAUAGAAAUCUAUGGGGCAAGGCAUACCAGAGACAGAACAUCUGAAGCUUGUAUUUGCUAUUAUUAAUGUUUUUGUACAAAAUGUGUGUUAUUUGAUCUGUAAACAUUUUUUUUAAUGGUGGAACUACUAUUUUAGACAAAUUAACCUCUAGUUGUGAAUUAAUGUCAUUUCUAUUGGUGUAGUUGCUCCAUGUAUAAUACUUUGGCAAAUAGUAGUCUCCCGUUGUUAUAUGUAAUAUUUAAGUUUUGUGGCUGUACUUUGCAGUAGUUUGUGUAUUUUAAUGUUAAUUCUGGUGCAGUGCCUUGUCCCAUAGAGUAACCUAAGUGCUACCUUAGCAUGUAUUGUGAAGAGCUGUGUCUGGAUAAUGCCAGAACAAAAAUUAUACUGGAUUUGCCAGAACAUGUUGACUUUCUGGCCCAUGCUUUGUACUUCCAGUUUAUUCCUGCAAUGCAGCAUAUCUGAAACAUACUAAACUAUUCUCACAGCUAGAGUUAUGUUUAGUAAAAUAAUUUUGAUAUUAAUGACUUGUCAGAAUAGAGGACCAGUACUUUGUUUGUUGGUGUAUUCAGCAGUUUAGUCAAAAUCUCAACACAGCUGGAUGCUCAACACAUCACUACUUUGUUCGGUACAGAAGAACUCUCAUGUGAGCAAUAAAUUAUAAAAAGCUGUGAGUAUAACUUAAAAAGAUUAUGUACAUAUUAUAUUUUUGUUUGUAAAUAAUGAUGCAUUCUGAUUACAUUUAAUGCAUUUACUGUGAAUGACAAUCUUUCCUACAGCAAAGAUAUACUGUUCCUGGCAAAAUAAGGACUAAAAAUACACUACCUUUCUCCAGACGUAUCUGUCUGUAGGACAACAGGUACACAUCCUGAUUAAUGUCAGUGAUUAAUAUGCUUUGUACUCAUUUUCUUUUUGUUUAUUUGAAUGGUUUGGUUCUUCUCCCUUUCAUUUUUAAAAUGGCAAGUAAUGGUUUUAAUAUUACUUUCAUAUUUGCAAAUAAAUAGGAUGCUGUAUACUGUAGAAAUUCCAGUCAGAGGCUGAUGAGUGAGUUUUUGUUUAGUGGUCACAGUUUGGCAAAAUAGUAGAGUGUGCUGUCAAAUCACCCAGUGACAAAAGUUCUUUCCCCGUUCAUCCUUUUGUUUAAGUUGCCAUUCAUUUUCAGUCACUGACAGCUACAGUACAUUAACAUAGCUGCAUUAACAUUUGCACAGCAUUCCCUCUUAAAAAAAAAAAAAAAAAAAAAUCAGUGCCAUAGCAGAAAACAAACACUUUGACUCAAACAGGCACUACCUGUGCUUGUGCUUUGCCAUAUUUUGAUUCUUUUCAGUUUCAGACUCAAAUUGAACUUUAUAGAAUGCACCGUUUUCAUGGUACAACUGACAUUUUGCUGUUGCCGAUUGUGGAAAGCAGGAGUACUAUUAUAGAUCACAGCAACGGUAGUUCAUCAAAUGAUGCUCAAUAAUGAAUAAGCACAUUAUAACUGGGCAA